ACGUAACAUUACUAUAUCUCAUAUAUUGUAUAUCUUUGCAAUUCAGUCGAAAAAAACAGAAAAUUAUCCAAGUCUCAAUCUCGUGAAAACUUUUUUAAUGUAAAAUUUAUAGAUAAAUAAGUAAAUUAAUUUAAAAAUUCCUUAAUCUAUCUAUCAUAUAAUUUUCAUUACUUGUGGAAAUAAAAGAAGAAAUUUGAUGUGUACUUGAAUUCAAAGGAAUACCUUGUCGGCAAAUUGAAUUCUGCAUGUAUUUAUUUGAUUUUUACGAAUGGACAUCUGAAAGAUAUACCGAUGUGUAACUCCGAAGAUACUUCUUACAUUGAAAAGUUAGGUUACCUACAAUUAAGCGAUGAAAUUGCAAAUGAAAGCAUUCUGGGCCCUCGAUCUGAGAUUCAAGUUAUUCCCAGAUCCUCCAGUAGAUCGCUUGGAGCAGUCGAGAGUUUUCUGGAAGCAACAUCUGACGUUUGCCGAUCUACAGUUCCAGUUGCUGAUUACAAAAUGUAUGAACGUGAUAUUAUAGCAGCUUCCAGAUUUACCACACCGAAAUCCAUAGACCAAAUAACCACUCAACAGCAUAUGCAAAGUCGCUCAAAUAAUCAGCAAGCUCCAGUUUACGAAAACAUUGAUUUUUACCCUCAGCAGUCGCAAAAUUAUCCACCGUACUAUCAUUCAGUUGAAUCGAAGAAAAAUCCGCGAAAUAGUCCUAGGGAUUCCAUAGCGAGUGAUUCUUAUGACAUUGCUUUUAGAAAGGAUCAACCUCAGAUGCCAGUGGGGAAUCGCUAUCAAUCGACGUCUCCUGCCAAGGACCUUCCACCAUACGAAGCUCCUCCUGUCUAUGAAAAUAUUCAGGAAGUCCACUUUGGUGAGAGUAAUUCAAGUCGGCCGUGUCAUCAAGUCACUUCCAGUUAUUACCCUACCAACAUAAAUGGAAGUGACUAUGUUGUCAUGACUGGGAAGAUUCAAGGGCAGAAAAAUUCAAAUCAAAGUUCAGGCUCUUCUUAUACCCAAUUCCAAAGAGCUCGCGGGCAAAGUUUCGAUGGUUCUAACAUUCAAUGCUCAGGAAUGUCUUCUGAAAGUUCCUCUUGUAGAAAGUACUUGCCUGCCUCUUCUAACUCAUUGUCUGCCUUUGUGGACAAUCAAUCUGGAAGAAAUGCCUAUGUCCCCCCCUCGGAACUUCAAACGAACAAGAAUUUCAACUACCCUCUUGAUCAACAGCAACAGCAGCAACAGCAACAACAGCAACACUCCCCUAGAUCUAAUUUACCUUAUCACAGUGAAUCUCCCACAAGAAUGCAAAUGGAGUCACAACAGUAUCAGCGAGUAUCCUCCAUCGACAGCAAUACAAAUCAUUUACAUGGGCAAACAUCUAUUGAUGGCAAUAGUCCACAAAUCCAAUUUCGUCAAGAAAAUUUACAGUCUUUCAAGUAUUCUGAUCAGUUUGCCAGAACCAACUAUCAUGGUGAUUCUCAAUCGAAAAAUGCUCCAUGCUACGGAACAACUACUCGUCCUGGUGAACCUAUUGCUUAUAAAAAUGCACAAUGUCGCUCACCAGUUCGAAGUUCGAUAUCCCAAAUUGAGAGACAAUAUCGUCCACAGGAGAAUCCUGAAGAAUUUCCUUCUAAAAGUUCAUCUUUGUAUUAUUCCUUAAAUCGAUCAGGUGAAAGUCGUCUCGGACCUCAGAAUGAUAAGAAUUUUGUAUUAGAUAACCCUGAGUCAUCGUCAUCGUCAUCGUUAUCGCAGAAUUCUUCCUUUUUAACAACUCGCGGUGACACGAAACAAAAUACUCAGAAUAAUGGCGUUGCAGCAAGUUCUCCUAAAACUAGUCCCACGCAUCCAAUUUUAGUUGCAUCUUCAGCUGGUGCUGCGAUGGAAAAACCGCUUCGAGGUCAAGUACAUGCUCCCGUUACAAGUGCAGCGACUGCUUCAGGAAAUGACUUUGAAAUCCACAGACCGAGAAUUACGAGCCUUCCACCUGGUGUUACAAGUGGAGUUGCUGGUCCAGUGUUUCUUAAUGCAGGAGUGCCAGUAAUUCAAAGAUCAACAGAACUGGAUGUAGAGUACUCAGACAACAUUAGUCCUCCAAUUAAAUCACUAUCUGGAAAAGGACUUUUGCCGUACAAUGUCACUCCUCCGAGACCGUCGGGACCUACUGAAGCAGAAAGGAAGAUCGAAGAAUUGACUCGUCAACUUGAAGAAGAAAUGGAAAAACAGGAAGAAGAAGGAGAAUAUUUUGGAAUAUGCCAUACUUGUGGAGAAAAAGUUACCGGAGCAGGACAAGCAUGUCAAGCAAUGGGAAAUCUAUAUCAUACAAACUGCUUUAUUUGUUGUUCGUGUGGAAGAGCAUUACGCGGAAAAGCAUUUUACAAUGUUCAUGGCCGUGUGUACUGCGAAGAAGACUAUCUUUAUUCUGGAUUUCAACAAACUGCUGAAAAGUGUGCAAUUUGUGGUCACUUGAUAAUGGAAAUGAUUUUACAAGCCAUGGGAAAAUCGUAUCAUCCAGGAUGCUUUAGAUGCUGUGUCUGCAAUGAGUGUCUUGAUGGCGUUCCCUUCACCGUGGACGUAGAUAACAAAAUAUAUUGCGUAAAUGAUUAUCACCGCAUGUUUGCUCCAAAAUGCGCUUCAUGUGGCAAAGGAAUUACACCCGUUGAGGGAACGGAAGAAACAGUUCGAGUUGUGUCAAUGGAUAAAGAUUUUCAUGUAGAUUGUUACGUGUGUGAAGACUGCGGAAUGCAAUUGACAGACGAACCUGAUAAAAGAUGUUAUCCUUUAGAAGGAAGAUUAAUGUGCAGAGCUUGCCACAUUCAACGAAUUUCACAUACUCAACCGAGAGCUCCUCAACCUGUGUCAGCCAGUUAUCAGUUUAUGGGUUGAAUAUCACAAAAAUAAUUAAUUCUUGUAAACUUCGCAAUAAAUAACCUACCGAAAAUAA